GUUCUUGGUCUCUCCUCUGGCCUGAGCGCUGAGAGGAGGGUCCCCAACAUGUUGGAUCCAUAAAAAUCCUCAUGGGGUUGGCAGCGAUGGUGGUGGUCUCUGAGGUUCUUGUGAAUGAGGGUCUUUUGACGAACUCUAACAUUUGGUGUGUUGGCCAGGAAGGCCCUCCUCAGGAGGACACAGACGCUGUGCAUCAAAGAUGAAAAGAAGCGAAGAGUCGACAAGUACGCAGAGCCCCGAGGAGCAAACAGGCACCCUUCAUUGUUGGAGAUGUAGAAAAUGCAUUGCAAGUUCUGGUUGCUUCAUGACUCCUCUUGAGACUCAAGUGGUUGAGCAGGACAGACAUGAAUCAGUUGAUGCUCAAAACACCUGUCACCUGUGGCACAUGAAUGUAGACGCCCUUCCGGAGUGGAUCAGCUGCUUGCUGCAGAAGGCCCAGUGGACAGUUGGGAAACUGAAUUGUCCUUUCUGUGGGGCCCGAUUAGGGGGCUUUAAUUUUGUCAGCACUCCAAAAUGUUCCUGUGGCCAGCUUGCAGCUGUACAUCUCUGCAAGAGCCGGACUGAUCACCAAGCAGCACAGGGAGGGAGACUAAUGAGACCAGCGCUGAAACAUUUGCCACAUCCCGGAGUCCCGUCAGGUUGUGAUAAGGAAACUCUGCUGACAGGUGGUGGCUCCAAAACCAGAAACCACUGGCUUUUAAGCAUGGCCCGAAACAGUAACGGCCUCGGAAGACUUACAGAAGCACUCUGCCUGGAGGUGCGAGCGACGUAUUUUGAGAUGAAGAAUGAAAAACUGCUCUUCAAAGCCUCGGACCCAAAAUGCCAGCCUUUUGUUCCUCAGCCUGACACCGGCAGGUGUCCUUCAAGAGCGUCUCACAGAAAGUCACACAGUUUGGACCUGAACAUCAGUGAGAAGCUGAUUUUAUUACCCACUUUAUAUGAAAUACAUCGUAAGCCUACUGCCUAUCCCAGGCUAAAUGAAACGGGGCCCAUUGACCUUUCAGGCUUGGCUUUACCGUGUAGUAACAGUAGCUGCUCCUUUCAAAGCCCACCUAGUUUUGAUCCGAAUAUGCUGCUGCACAGACUUUCAGUGGCUCCCCAUGAGACCCAGGCACAAAGGGGAAGAGAAUGCCAGUGCGGCCUAGAAGCUUCUUCAGUCUACUCGGAUCACGCUAACGCUAACAGCCUGCCAUUCCUGAUGGAUCUGCCCUCAGCAGGGAGGAGCGUGCUGGAGGCCUCGGACCAAGAGGAGCACCUCUCCCAGCUGGACUUCCUGCGCUCUGCCAGCUUCCCCUUGGGCACCAUUAACCACAGGCUGAACAACAGGGAGAGAAGCAAGUUGAGGACUCUGCGAAGGCAGCAGAGGCGCGAACGAUGGCUACAGAAGCAGGGUAAAUACUCAGGAGUGGGCUUGCUGGAUCACAUGACCGUGAGUAAUGAGAUGAGUACAGAUGAGGAAACGGAGUUCCCAGAGGAGAAGGACAGCUACAUGUGUGCAGUGUGCCUGGAUGUGUACUUCAACCCCUACAUGUGCUACCCCUGCCACCACAUCUUCUGCGAGCCCUGCCUACGAACUCUGGCCAAAGACAACCCCGCAAGCACUCCCUGCCCACUGUGCCGGACAAUUAUUUCUAGAGUCUUUCUCCAGACAGAACUGAACAAUGCCACAAAGACAUUCUUUACUAAAGAAUAUUUGAAAAUCAAGCAAAGCUUUCAGAAAUCCAGCUCUGCGAAGUGGCCCUUGCCGAGCUGCAGGAAAGGAUUCCAUCUCUUCGGAGGGAAGCCAGCACAAAGACUCAAGCCGUGCAGGAUCUUGGAUACAGGAAUGAGAUACGAGGCCAUGGAGGGGUGCUGCUUACUGACCUGCUCGCAUGGAUGGCGCGCUCAGCCUGCUUUCUUAUCCCACUCAGGACACUGCCUGGGGUAGCACUACCCCACAGUGAGUGGAUCCAUUUCACAUGAAACGUUAAUCAAGAAAAUGUCCCACAGGGUGUUUACCAGAUAGCUCAUGAAGGCAUUUUCUUAGUCUCUCAACUAAGAAACCAGCACAGGUCAGUGUUAUUUAAAGCCCUCUGAGUGAUUUCUGUGUUCGUGCAGGGCAGUAGGGUUGGCAUAGACUCUAAAAGCAGUAGAAUUGGAAAGUCUUGAAUGGAAAAGGACCUUGAAUGAUCCUUUUUUAAAAAUCUCUGACUUUCAGAUUGUAAUGUGUGAAUUAUUACGAAGAGUGAGAUUCAUCAGAGGGAAUAUGACAUUAUAAAGCGGUCAACAGAGUCUGAUCUUACAUAAAAAUGUUGCUAACUAUAUACUGGUAUAGAAGCCUACUACAGUGGUACUUUAUAGUCUGUGGGAGUUUCCCAUUUGUUUUGGUUAGAAAAUAAGAAUUUAAUUAAAAGUGCAGUCCAAUUUUGAGAAAUUUGCAAUCUCCCAAAUUACAAUUUAGUACAUAUACUGAAAGCACCAUGCUGGGAGAAAAUUUUAUGGUAUUUGAGGACUGCUUAUUACUACCAGCAAUGCUGUGUCUAAGUCAUUAAUUGUACUUUCCCUUUUUUGCAUAAAGUACCAUGUUUUUGUAUUUUUUAAUUUUGAAUUUUUUUUCAUUUUUAUUAAACAUGGUCUUUGACAGUUUCAUACAUGUAUGUAAUACAUGGAAUGUAAUAUAUGGACAUAAUAUGUGUAUGUAAUAACUCUGGUCCCAUUUCCGUUCCAUCUCUUCCAAACCUCUCUUACCCUUUGCAUCCCAUCUGUCUGCCACCACUUUGUGCAUGAUCCACUGACUUAAACCAGGAACAUCCACAUGGGCAUGGGAUGGAACCUUCCACAGGUGCAUAGGGGACUCACCAGGGGCUGAUCACUAAAAGUGAUGAGUCUUCUUCCAGCAUCUAUCCAUACCCAACAGGUCCCCAUGAUCUCACAGCCCAUCACCUUGACAGAAUGUUGGCAGCCCUUGCAUCAAGUCUGCCCAGCAGCCUGCUGCUCUGAGUUCAUGGCUGCAUUCACCAUGUCAUGUGAUACCAUGAAGACAGCAGAAGAGAGGACAGAAAGAUCUAUGAUGAGACAGACAAUAGGGAGGAAGUCCGUGAAGUGCUGUCUGUGCUACAGAGCAUCAGACUGUCAAAAUCCACAGGACAGAACAAAGUGUGUUAAUGAAUGGCCACUAGGGGAUUCACAAAAGAGAAAAAAGUGCCCAAAAUAAGUGACAGGCGUGUCAAGGAAAGUGAGGUCUCGCUUCUCCCUUGGGAAAUGUGAGGCAUGCACACACAUAAAGAUGAUUGCUCCUUUCAGAGCUCUGUGCAGCUAAUGGAGCGGCCACCAUGACUUACCACAGGAUGUUGUAUUACAGAUGUUUCCUUUGAUUCCACAGGGCAACUGACUUAUGGCCUGAAACAAAAGAACACUAAAGCAGAGGUCUACUCUCACAAAUUUCAACAACUACUAUUGUAUGAGCUUAUUAAAUUUUAUAGGGUAGUAUGAAAGCAUUUUAAAGUUCAUAGUGUCAUUUCUCAGUGAAACUUGCAAACAACCAAACACUUUGAAACUUGAAUUCUUUACCUUGCCAUAUAUGUUACAGUUUUUAUCACUCAAGAAUAAAAUGUUAAGUGCAGAAAAUCUUCACAGGGAUGUUGGAAAUGAAACAGUUUUUAUUAGUAAGGGAUUUAUUGUACAUCAUGCUUUAAGUUUUCUAAGGUUGUACUGUAAUAAUGAUUCCAUUAAAAAGUAAUGAAUAUCACUAUUUGGUAAAAAAUGACAUUUUGGUAAUAUAAAAUUGACGGUACUGUUAACUGCUU